UUUUUUCCGAUUCUGUCCGAUUAGAAUCGGAAUGGCUGGACGCGGUGCUUUAAGGAUGGAGCUGUACGGUUGUUACGAAUCUUGUUCAAACCCUGCACGACUUAACGUUGCAAAUCGUUCGACGAUCCUUGACAGCCAGUUUGAAGCAUCCACUUAUGAAAAUUCUGUCUUAUCACCACGAAAUGCCAGACUUAGUCCUCCUGCAAGUUGCAAAGGUUGGAGAGCAGGUGAUAAUGAUCAUGAGCCUUGGAUUCAAGUCGAUUUUCUGAGAAGCACAAAGGUUACUGCUGUGUUAACCCAAGGUCGAAGUAGCCACCCCGCUUGGAUAAGCAAGUACGUUUUACUGUUCGGCAACGAUGGGUCGAACUUUUUGGAAGUUCUGGAUGACGACGGUAAACCUAAGGAGUUUCCAGGGAGUGUCACUAAUAACGAUAUUGUCAGGAACACAAUAAAACCAGCGAUUUUCGCACGUUUUGUGCGACUGAAAGGAUUGACAUGGAGCUAUAGUGCUGCAGCAAGAUUGGAAUACGAAGGAUGUCGUAUUGAUAACGACUGGGAAAAUUCCUUUCCGAUUGGUAUGGAAAGUCGCCUUAUCUUGGACGCACAGUUAAGUGCAUCGUCCUCGAAGAGUUCAAGUUUUGCAGCCGCAAACGCACGACUAAACAGCACAAACCCCUCAGUCGGUGGUUGGAUGCCGGCCGAAGACGACCUGGAUCCUUGGCUGCAAGUUGACUUCAUUGGGGAAACAACGGUCACGGCGAUAAGGAUACAAAUGGUGAUCCCAUCUUUCGCUGAAGCGACAUCGUUCAACGUCUCCUAUGGCAACAACGAAAGUAGCUUGGUGAAAUGCAGAGAGAAUGGCCUUUCCAGAAUGAUUUAUGGAGUUGAUUCAACGAAUGGGGACGUCAAAAUCUAUUUACAACCUUCUAUCAGAUCUCGUUACCUUCGAAUGCAUCCGAGUGAUUACUCCCAUUCCAGCGCUAUGAAAUUUGAAUUUUACGGUCACUAUCAAGGUUGUGCGGAGACAGAGGCACUUUUGUCUUCUGACAAAUUUGUUCUCGGCCAAAUAACUGGUUCGUCCAUCAACAAGGCCGCUAAUGAUAAUCCUUUUGUAAGAAUGGAUAUGUCAAGCGCCUGGAUUGCAAAUAAUGAUGACAAUGAUCCAUGGAUUAAAUUUGAUUUUCUUGCACCCACAAAAGUUUGCAGUAUAGAUAGUAAGGGAUACGAUGGUUCCUACGUAGAAACGUUCACCGUCUCGUUCAGUAAUGAUGAUUUACACUAUCAGUUCUAUGAAGAAGAUGGCCGUCGUAAGACAUCGACUGGUUUAAUGAAUACGAUCUUGGAAUGA